CAUUGCUGCUGAGGUUCAAAGGACUGGACACAUCAGGGUCCGAGAGUCCAGACCUGUAAUGCGCCUCCUGUUUGUCUCGCGUCUUGGCAGCCGCCGGGUGCGGUACAGGGGGAGAGCGGCAAGGCUGAUAAAGCGCGUCUGCCCGGAGGGGUGGAGAGGAGGGCAGAGACAGACAGAGGGCAGGACUGGCAGGGUGCGGCUGCUUCAGUAGCAUCUGAGCUCGGGUCACUUCCAUUUCCAUCUCAACUGAGAGCCGCGCGCCACAGCGCAGUAGUCAAACAGCCGAGCCGGGAGCCAGAAACCGCUGCGGGACGCGCACUCUGACCGCGGCUCUGCGCAACCAGGACCCGCCUGCAGGCGACUCUAAACGCGCUUGCCAAGAUAAACGGAACUUCUCUAUUUAUUCCCCCUGUCUCCGCUUGGACUGAGAGAAAGCGAGUUUUACAGACCUGAGAGGAGGACCGACGAGCUGGCAACAGCCUCGCCGCCUGAGGAACCCUACGUUUGCCGGGGUGUCUUUCCGUGCGUAAAAGGAUGGUGAGCGCCAGGUGUCCUAAUAGACUGGUCCUCCUCCCCCUCCGGUGAUCUUGCGCGGGGACUGAAGCUGAGAUUGGGGGGAGGAGGGUCGCUUUACCAUCAUCUUCACCAUCUUUGACACUCCAUCUUUUGGAGUGCCCGCUGGCACCGGUUGGCAUGAGACUCUCCACAGCGGCGGCGCUCCUCACCGGCUUCAUCUUGGCUUUCUCGCCGGCGUACGACAGCUGUGGACCGGGCAGAGGUUACGGCAAGAGACGGACUCCCAGGAAACUCACGCCUCUCGCCUAUAAGCAGUUCAGUCCGAACGUUGCCGAAAAAACGCUGGGAGCCAGUGGGAGAUAUGAGGGGAAGAUAACCCGCAACUCCGAGCGCUUUAAAGAGCUCACGCCCAACUACAACCCAGACAUCAUCUUCAAGGAUGAGGAGAACACAGGUGCGGACCGCAUGAUGACGCAGCGCUGUAAGGAUAAGCUGAACUCCCUGGCCAUCUCAGUGAUGAACCUGUGGCCUGGCGUGCGUCUGCGUGUGACGGAGGGCUGGGAUGAAGACGGCCAUCACUCUGAAGAGUCGCUGCAUUAUGAGGGCAGGGCGGUUGACAUCACUACCUCGGACCGUGACCGGAACAAGUACGCCAUGCUGGCCCGUCUGGCAGUGGAGGCCGGCUUCGACUGGGUCUACUACGAAUCCAAAGGCCACAUACACUGCAGUGUCAAAUCAGAGCACUCAGUAGCAGCAAAGACGGGCGGCUGUUUUCCUGGAGGGGCUCUGGUGACGAUGGAGGGCGGCACUCAUAGACCAAUCCGAGACCUACGAGCAGGAGACCUUGUUCUGGCCUCGACGGGAAGUGACGGGACUGGCGAGCUCGUCUACAGCAAAGUCCUCACCUUCCUGGACCGUAGCCCCAUUGCCCAGAAGCACUUUUAUGUGAUCAGCACUGAGGAUGGGGCCAGCGUCCGCUUAACGGCAGCUCAUUUAUUGUUUGUUUGGGUUGGAAACUGCUCCAGCGGGGGCCAGCCAAUGCCUGGAUCCCUCCGGACGAUAUUUGCCAGUGAUGCCCAGCCAGGGCAGUGUUUGCUGAUCGUCGGUGAAGGAGAUCUCAGGAAGCGUGUUUCACGGAUCACUCAAGUGGAGGUGCGGGAGGACCUGGGGGCUUACGCCCCACUUACUGCCCAUGGGACUUUGGUGGUGAAUGGAGUGAUGACCUCAUGCUACGCUGCGAUGAAUGAACCACAGCUAGCUCACUGGGCAUUUGCACCUCUACGCCUGUUGUACAGCUGGACCGGACCGGAUCGGAUCCUUAAGAACGGCUUACACUGGUACUCUCAGGUCCUACUCAGUGUGGGAACACUACUGCUAGACUCAGAACUCUUCCACCCUUGGGCCUUAGAUGAUCACGAAAGAUGAUGGGUUGAAAACGAACUCAGAGUUGAGUGAGUGGUGGGAAGACAGACAUGGAAAUGAUUGAACGCUCAGGGUUUAUGACUCAAAGGGACAGAUCACCCAAAAAUUAAGAUUCUGUCAUUAAUUACUCACCCACGUCGUUCCAAAUCUGUAAGACCAUCGUUCAUCUUUGGAACACAAAUUAAGAUAUUUUUGAUGAAAUCCGAGAGCUUUCUGAUCCUGCAUAGACAGCAACGCAACUACCACAUUUAAGGCCCAGAAAGGUAGUAAGGACAUUGUUAAAAUAGUCCAUGUGUAGUUGAACUGUAAUGUUAUGAAGCUACGAGAAUACUUUUUGUGCACAAAGAAAACAAAAAUAAUGCAUACAUAUGGUGCUGCUGACGCAGGAGCCGGCUUUCUGAUGUAGAACGUUCAUCGUCUGUGCAUUCUGGUUCGAAUAAGUAAGGCUGUGCAAAAAAUUGCAAGUCACCCUCUCUGUCUGUUUCAUGUUUAACGUGCAACUUCCUCUGCUUGUAAACAAGGUGCAGCGCAUCCGGGUUCUACAUCAAUAGCAUCACAAGCAUGCAUCGUGGUACUCGCGUCGGAGACUGACACGAAAGACAAGAAAUUGUUGAACAAAGUCAAUAUUUUUGUUUUCUUUGCACACAAAAAGUAUUCUCUAAGCUUCAUUAAAUUAAGGUUGAACCACUUAUGUCACAUGGACUAUUUUAACAAUGUCCUCACUACCUUUCUGGGCCUUGAAUGUGUCAGUUGUUUU